ACUAGCAGCGUCUUUGGCUGUCACAACACACCGUGUGCUGUGUUCAAAGUGCUGCUACAAAACACUUCUGCGGCUCGACUAGGGCGUUAUGUUACGGAUAGCCAAAACCAGCGAAGCAGCUAGGCCUAUACCUCCGGAAUGGCGGCAGAAAUACAACCCAAACCGCAAACUCGGACUCCUGUUCUGCUCAACAAAAUCGAGACUUCCCAAGAUGUUGUGAACACGGCGGUCAUAAUUCCAAAGGAGGACGGGGUGAUCAGCGUCUCCGAGGACAGGACGAUCCGGAUAUGGCUGAAGAGAGACAGUGGCCAGUACUGGCCCAGCGUUUACCACACAAUGCCAGAUUCUUGCUCCUGUAUGUCCUUUAACCCAGAGACCAGGAGGCUGUCUAUGGGGAUGGAGAAUGGAACCAUCUCUGAGUUCAUCCUGUCAGAAGACUACAACAAGAUGACCCCGGCACAGACCUAUCAGGCCCACCAGGGCAGAGUGACAGUGGUGCUGUUUGUGUUGGAGAUGGAGUGGGUCCUCAGUACAGGACAGGACAAGAACUUCACCUGGCACUGCUCUGAGAGUGGAACACAGUUGGGGUUCUACCGCACCACCGCCUGGGUCUCUGGACUGCAGUUCGACGUGGAGACGAGGCACGCCUUUGUGGGCGACUACUCUGGUCAGGUGACCAUCCUCAAGCUGGAGCUGGACAGCUGUAGUCUGGUAACCACCUUCAAAGGACACACAGGCAAUGUGACAGCUCUGUGUUGGGACCCGGUCCAGAGAGUGUUGUUUUCCGGCAGCUCAGAUCACUCCAUCAUCAUGUGGGACAUCGGGGGACGCAAAGGCACCGCUAUUGAACUUCAGGGACACAAUGAGAAGGUCCAGGGCCUAUGCUACGCGCCACACACACGUCAGCUGAUCUCCUGCAGCUCAGAUGGGGGCAUCGUCAUCUGGAACAUGGACGUGACCAGACAGGAGACCCCAGAGUGGCUGGACAGUGAUUCGUGUCAGAAGUGUGAGCAGCCAUUCUUCUGGAACUUUAAACAGAUGUGGGACAGUAAGAAAAUCGGCCUGCGACAGCACCACUGCAGGAAGUGUGGGCAGGCAGUGUGUGGGAAGUGCUCGGCCAAGCGCUCCACCAUCCCUCUCAUGGGCUUCGAGUUUGAGGUGCGGGUGUGUGACAGCUGCCACGAGUCCAUCACGGACGAGGACCGGGCGCCCACGGCAACAUUCCAUGACAGCAAACACAGCAUAGUUUACAUGCACUACGAGCCUACCACGGGCUGGCUACUGACCUCUGGGGCAGACAAGGUUGUCAAGCUCUGGGACAUGACUCCAGUGGUGUCCUGAAGGUUAUUGUUGAUGGAGCUCCAUCCACCUAUCAGGUGAGAGCUUACAUCAUGGUGGCCGUCAUCCUGAGAGGAGGUGGUAAUGUCCACAAGAACAACAACAACAAUAGCUGAGUGACAUCCACAGAACCCAGAAACACCAGGCCUUUAUUGCCUGCCCUUGUCCCUCUUGGUGACUAAAUGUGCUGAGGAAGAGCUGUACUCUGGCUCCCGAUAUGGAUGGACAGAUUUGGAAUAGAGACACCUUGAAGAGGACAAAGGUGUGCGUGCUGUAUCAGGACUAUGGAAGAGCAUUUUUUUGUUAGUUUUAUGGAUCUCCCUUACCUACAGUAUGUCACUCUGGAACAACAUUUUGAACUUCAACUAAAAUGUUAUUGUGCAUACAUAAUUCCCUAUAUUCUUUGGUUUAUUAUAUUUAUAACAAUGGGUCCAUAGUAAAAGGAACUCCGUGUAGGCUACCUGCUGAACAUCAAAUACAGGUAGACAGGCAAAUAUAAAGAUUAUAUUUAAGUGCCUUCCUCUUAUCAUAUUGAAGCUCUCACUAUGGCAAACAGAAAGCAUGAAAAAAGGAGUUUAUGAACCAAUUGUUAAAAUAACAUUAAAAAAAUGUACUGGGUUUGUUAUAUGAAUAUCAGUGAGAUAUGUAACCUGGAGUAUGUAUAGUAGCAAGAUGGAAUACUCUAAUAUAAUCACGAAACUCAAGAAGGUCCCAAAGUUGACCUCUUAUAACUCAUCCUGUUUGGAUUGGCUCUUUGCUUGUUAGCUGCUGUACAUAGAAGCAGUGGGUGGAGGUUAGAAUAGCCCUGUUUCUAGGUGGACCCUGUUUCAGUUGAGGUAUCAAGUGUUCAUAGCCUACAGAUAACUGCCAAAAUAAUGGAACACCAACAGUGUCUUAAUAGGGCAUUGGGCCAACAAGCUGCCAGAACAGCUUCAAUGCGCCUUGGUGUAGAUUCUAAGUGUCUGGAACUCUUUUGGAGGGAUGUGUCACCAUUCUUCCACAGGAAAUCUGUAAUUUGGUGUUUUGAUGGUGGUGGAAAAGGCUGUCUCAGGCGCCGCUCCAGAAUCUCCCAUAAGUGUUCAAUUGGGUUGAGAUGUGGUGACUGAGACACACAGUUUAAACCCCCUAUGCUCAUUUGAGACCCCCCUUUCAAAUUAAAUAAGAUCUCUUCUAACCAUGCUAGCCAAAAUAAUUGGGCAAUUGGGCAUUUUUGUACAUGACCCUAAGCAUGAUGGGAUGUUAAUUGCUUAAUUAACUCUGGAACCACAUCUGUGUGGAAGCACCUGCAUUCAAUAUACUUUGUAUCCCUCAUUUACUCUAUUGUUUCCAUUUACUUUGGCAGUUACCUAUAGCUUAUAGGCUCUCCUAUAUUCAUACAUACACACAACUGGUGAACAAGUCUACAUGUGGUAUCUUUUUGUCGGGUAACGGUUGACGACCACAGAUGUAGGAGAUGUGGAGAAAGACAUUUCUUUCUUUAGUAUUUUUUUCAAAUUAAUAUUGAUUUGCUAUGCUAACUGAAGUUCUUGAUUAGGCUUGCCAAUUGAAAUGAUAAAUCGUAAAGAACAAGUUAAUUCCAAUCAUCUUUUUAUGAUUUAUUUUUAAUCUAUUGUAGAAUUAUUGAAAUGUCACCUACUACUCUUUGGACUUCGGUGGUGGACCAAAACAUUAUUCACCACAUGUCGUCUCUAGUUUCUUUGCACUUCAGUUGUUACGGUUUGAUUUCUAAGAGAACAAAAUCAUAGCUAAGCACUUUUUGUCCAAUGCAUACACUUACAAUAUGUUAUUAUCUACAAAUGACAUAAGGUUGAAGGCUGAAAAGAUUAGAUUUUUCUAUUGUGUACGUAUAACAGACUGGUGAUAUGUUAGUGGCUGUGUGUCAAAUGUAUUUGUGUUAUGAGUUUAUUUAUUGCUGUGUGUUACUGUUGCCUCAAAGCUAGACAUCUCUCAUGUAGCCUACUACACCACACGUGUUAAGGUCAUUCUCAAAUGGUAUAGAUGGUUAUGAUAGGGGUUAUCAUGGAUAUAAUAUAGUUCAAGUUAAGUUCAUGCACUGGAUUUGCUUUUGGAUUUGUUUUUAGACAGAACCACUAUUGUAAAACAACAAUCUGUCUGCAUGUUGAUAUUUGGGAUAUAAAACCUAAUUACCCAUUGUCAUUUUUCACAAGUACUAGCAUGUUUUAAUAAUCAGUGAAGCCACACAUCUUGGGCCUAGGCUAAUGCAUAUCUACUGGUGGAGAAUGGCUCUAUCAGGCUCUAAUGCUAUUUACAGUAGUAGUCAAUCACUGGAUUAAAUAAAUAUACUAUC